GAAUAACUUUGAGAAUUCAGUGAACGAAUGGAAGCUAUGAACCAAAACAAACAUUAAAACGUUUUUAAAGGAUUUCAAUAGAUUUUAAAGGUGAUAUUGAGCCAGUUACUCAGCUUCUAGUCCAGUCCAGCCCAUUCGCCCGGUGACCAGAUAAGUUGAUAAUUGCACAAAUGAAUUAAAUUUACAAUAAAAUGGAAACGCCAAACACAAAAGAAUUUGAAGUAACAGGAGUUUCACGAAGUGGUCGUGUAAGAAAAAAAUCUUCUAAACUCUUAGAUUUUCAAUCGCCCGAAGAGAGUAUCCAAAGAAAGGUAUAUAAGAGGCCAACUACUGCAGGUUCUUCAUCCAAACUUCCCACAAAGCAUGGUAGAGGACGCCCCAGUUUAGCAGCGCUAAGGGCUAGGCAGUUGGCGGUAGGAGAACAAGAAGAUCAUGAUAUGGCAGACGACGAUGAUAUCCUGAAUAAUGAGAACGAACAUGGCGGAACGGGGGAAGCAAACAUUGACCUAGAUAUGCAGCCUAUAAAUUCCGAUGAGGAUGAUGAACAUUUGGAUGAUGGUAUGGGUAACAAUGCCAGCGAUGAUACAGAUGACGAUGGUUUCGGUGAAUUAGUGGCAGAUUUGGUGGGCACUGAGGGAGCUGCUGGCAUGCAGAGAAAUGCUCGCAAUCCGGAUUCUCAAGUUCGUAAGUCUUUGUACAUGACGGAAAAGCGAAUGGGUAAAGAUGGCCGCUUAGAACGAAAAGAUAAGGGUAAAUCGCGUUACACCGCAUAUAGUUUGUGGGCAAAAGAGUAUAGGAAAUCUGGUAAUUUUGGAAAGGAUGUGGAUUUUGCUAACGCUAGACGCGAAUUGUGGGCCAAUGUAUCGAAUAAGGAGAAAAAUAAUUGGCGGCGAAAAGCUAAAAUACAAGCUACCAAAGCCAAAGCUCUGGAAAGAGCAGGUGGCAUGAGUAGAGAUGGCAAGAGGGGAGUCAUCGCCUCAACAGGAAAUAGCACAAAUUCUACUUUUAUCAAUAGGCCAACAACAAGUCGAACCAAGAAACUUCAAAUGCAAGCUGAAGAAAAGCAAAAAGCCAUGGAUGAUAUGGCCGAAACUAAACCCACAACACCAACUGCUAAAAGAACACGCAGUAAUACCUACAAUAGAAAGAGUACAACAACUGGGGGUUCCAAUAAGAAUGCCAAUUCUGUGGCUCUAUACACCAAUGGUUCUGUGCCAAAUUACAAUACGGCAAUGUAUAAUACCAACACACCUCUGCCCACUAUAGAGCCCAUUGAUGCAGCAGCUCACUUGAAACUGUUGGGAGAAAGUCUCACAAUUAUUGGUGAGCGUUUGAAAGAUCAUGAAGGUCAAAUAGCUGUUUCGGGCAGUUUGUCAGUGCUGCUGGACAGUUUACUGUGUUCAUUGGGACCACUGUUAUGUCUUACAACAUGCCUUCCAGGACUCGACAAGAAGAAUAAGCUUAAGACGAAUCUUGCAAUAACUUUAGAUAAUAUUGCGUACGUUAUGCCAGGCCUUUAAAAAGACAAUCUAGUUGUAAGUAAAAUAUCAAAAAACGUUUUAAGUGCAUAAGCAAAAGAGUGAACAUAUUUUUAACGUGAAUAAAAAUCUUAAUUAAGCUAUAUAAACAUGAA